AUGGGUGUUGAAGAGAUGGUAUCAAUUUUUCUACAUAUUCUAGCCCAUGAUGUGAAGAAUAGGAUAAUUAAAAGACAGUUCAUGCGAUCUGGUGAAACCAUAAGUAGACAGUUCUCCAAAGUGUUGCUAUCUGUCAUACGGUGUCAUACACUUUUAUUUAAACGACCAGAACCAGUUCCAGAGAACUCGACUGAUGAGAAGUGGAAGUCGUUCAAGUUGGUUAAUUAUCAGAAUUGUUUGGGAGCACUAGAUGGGACACACAUCAAGGUCUAUCCCUUGCAAGCCGACAAGGCUAGAUACCGGACUAGGAAGGGUGAGAUAGCCACCAAUGUGUUGGAGGUUUGUUCCCAAGAUGGUCAGUUUAUUUAUGUUUUGCCUGGAUGGGAGGGUUCAGCUGCAGACUCAAGGGUACUCAGGGAUGCCAUCUCUCGUCCGAACGGUUUAAGGGUCCCUAAAGGAUACUAUUACUUGUGCGAUGCUGGUUACAUGAAUGGUGAAGGUUUCCUCACUCCAUACAGAGGUCAGAGAUAUCAUCUGAGUGAAUGGAGACAUGGGGCACACCCAAGAACCGCACAAGAAUUCUUUAAUAUGAAGCACUCUUCUGCAAGAAAUGUCAUAGAACGAUGCUUUGGAAUGCUGAAGGGUCGUUGGGCUAUUGUGCGAUAA